UGUUACUUGACACCACGCGGGUGUCGCCUGGUGGACUGUUUGCCUCUUCCCCUCUGCAGCAUACUGGUCCCGCCGGGUCUCUGCCGAGAUGGGCUGUGAUGACACCAAAAGUAAGCAAGAAAAGAAAUUUCAAAGCUACAAACCCUAAAGCCCAGCAAGACAGGCACAUGCAGCCCCUGCUGCUGUAACAGAGAAACAAAAAAGUCCAUGCUUUGCACUUGAAACUGGUCCACGGGAAGCUCCAAUUCCGUGGGAAGUGGGCUGCACCUACCCUCAACAGAAUUGUCACCCAAAGUCCCCAGCUGACAGGGACAUGCAGGGCAACAAGAAGUGCACAGAUGGGUUCAGUGACUCCUCAAGCAUUGGCAGCGUGCUGGACGAUGCAGAUAGGGAGGUGAGCAGCCUCACAGACCGGGCCUUCCGGAGCCUGUGCAUCUCCGAGGAUGCCUCUUUCCAUGACUCCGACCUGGCACUAUCCCCAGACAUCUCCCGCCAGGGGUUCGGGUCUCUCUACCAAGGCACUGUGAGCCAUGCCCACAGGAAGAGCGGCAUCUGGAGCCAGCUUCCAUCACAAGGCACAGAGCACACGGGCUGGGCGGCCACCUUCCAACAGCUGCCCAAGUAUGUUCAAGGGGAAGACAAAUACCCCAAAAGCAGCCCCCCGCUCACACCAGCCCAGCAGAGACUAGAGGUGCCAGUUUCUGGCCUGCGGAGCAGUAACAAGCCUGCUUCCAAAGUAUCAUCCCUGAUCAAAUCUUUUGACCGAACCAAGAGCCAGCGCUGUGACACCAGGCCUCCUCCCAGCAAGCCUCCAGCUCUCAAGAAUCCUCCUAAAUUUGCCCCUCUUCCCGACAACAGUGUCAAUUUCUGCUUCGACUCUGCCUUUCUGACGGUCAGGAGGGUGCCUGCCGAAGUCUCCAAUACUCACCAAGGAAGCCACCAGCCCACCCGGAGCCACGGGGAACAAGGGUCCCCCAAGAACCCCGAGAUGGCCCACCAUGGGCCCAGCAUCUUCCUCCCAAAAUUGGAGAGUGCAACGAGCUCAUGUGAGUCCAGGUUCCCCUCUCCACCCCACGAGCCCACCAAGAUGGAGCCUGGAAGAGGACAGGAGUGGGCACACAAAGGGACCUUUCUGCACAGUGAGAACAGUGCCUUUGAGUCAUGGGAUGCCCACCAACCCAAGUUGCUCGAGAGAAAGAAUGUCACUGAAAGCGUCCCUGAGAGCAAAGUUCCCAAACAUUAUGAGGACACACCCCCUGUAAGUGAAGCCCAUGCUGCACUACACAAAGCCGCUCCCUGUCCAGUCCAGCCCAGCUGCACGCAGGAGGGGAGCAGGUCAGCCUCAGGGGCUCUGUCCAUCUCUGGACCCUGGGAUGUCAGGGACCCAGGAUCCCAGGUUUUUCUCAUAGAAGGAAAAGCAGCCAGCUCACAUCCUGACCCUCAGGUGAGGACGAGCCAGCCUCCAUGGAGAAAGCCAAAGAAUGGCAGGGGAAGGAAGGAAAAUCUAGCAGAUGUUACAGAGGAGCAGAAGCAGACGCACAGGAGAGGCCCUGCUCUGUAUGCAAAGCACAACACACAGGCGCACCUCACAGAAAAUGACACCAUGGACUUGCCUGGGGUCCUAGACCGGCAUUACAGCCCUCCUUUCAAUAUCAGCAAGCUCCUGACCCCCAUCAUCCCCACCAAGCAUGCCCUGGAGUCAUCAGGCAGCCAGCCAGAGGAGACCAGCCCAUCCCCACCAGGGCAGCUAAACGGAUAUCAGGAGCAAGCGCCCAGUGAGUGUCCAUCGAGAGACAGCUACAAAUCUAAAGCACCCAGCCUCCUGUUCAACCUCAAGGACGUGCGGAAAUGCGUGAAGAGCACAUACAGUCCCUCAUCUCUUUCCAAAGGCUUUGAUGAGAUAUCCCAAGGGAAGGCUGAUGGCAAACAAGAGCCAGUAAGCAAUGGGGUCAUGCUUCCCAAUGGGCUAGAGGAAAGCCCUCCAAAUGACCUGCCUACAGAAAGGCCAGCCGAGGCCCCUACCACCACACAUACCGGCACCCUGCACCCUACAACAGACCAGGGUGAAGCCCCUGUGCACAACCUCGGCUCCCCUCCCAUGGUCGCCAUGGCCCCCUUCUGUGUCAAUGGGAAGGCUGCAGGAAUGAGUCAUGAGGAGAAAGAUGCUGUUGAUAGGGAGUCAGAGCCAGGCUCUUCCAGGUCCACCUGGCAUCCAGACAGCAGGGGAAGAGGCCCCAGGAAGCACCUGUCCCUGAAACUGUGUACCAGGGAGGCCGAGGCCGAGGCUGGGCACACUGUAGAGCAAACCAAGCCCCACCAGCUAGAGAAUGGACUUUCACGAUCCAUUUCCCAGGAGACAGAACCUGAGCAUGAAACAGGGCUUUUGAAACCACCCCCAGACCAGAAAGCCUCCCCAGGGCCCCUGUCCCCCGAGGAGGAGGAUGUGUUUUACAGUGACUGCCAGUCCGACUUUAUGCCGGGCCUCCGCAGGAAGACUAAGUUCAGCACCAGCUCUUCAGAUCAAUCUUUUGCUUCAUUUGAUGAUCAGCAGAAGACCUGGUUUUCUGAGAGCCAGCAGGAAGACAGGAAGAAUGAUGUGAGUGCAGGUGACAGUGAGAAGGAGAAGGAGCACGUGACAGGGACAGGCAACAUCCUGAGUAACGGGCACACGUGUGCGGGAGAGCACAGCCAGGGCAAGGUGCCACAGAGCACAGGAGGUUUGUGUGCAGGCAGACCCAGAAGGGUAUCCACUGAGGAGGCAAAUCUCAGUGGUUCUCGGAUGGGGAGAAAUAGGGAUGUGGCCUUUUCACAGGCCAAAGACCCCACCGCCUCUCCAUCCCCAGCAGCAAAUAAGCACCUACUGUUUGCAAUUAAAGACAACACCCUCAGGGCCACCCCCGUGAUCAAACCCAUCACCUUGCCCCUGCUAAGGACCCUGUCCUCAGAGGACUCGUUCAGAGGGGGCCACAGAGAGGAGGAAUCUCCAAGGCAAGGCUGGGGUGAGAAUGCUGGAGGUCGCAAUGUCAUUGAAAGCCGGGAAAUGCACACCCUGACACCCUCUAACACACAGGGUGCACACUCAAAGCACACAGCCUUCGAGCUCCCAGAGGAUCUCGGGCAGGUGUCCAUGGCAGCUAGGACAGACACCUCCCGUCCAGGCCCAGAGGAGACUUUCUCACCCCAGCCACAUAUGGGAGAGGGCAACAGGAUAAAGUCACCCUCAGACAGGGCACCAGAAGUUGCUGGCAGGGAUGGGAGGAGCCUGCCCACAGACUGGAGGAUGCCCACUGCCCUGAGACACAUCCCCACCAUUGCUUUCCCAGAGGGUGACCUGGAGGAGCAGUCAUCCUGGCAGACACCGGCCAUCAGCUGGGAAGAGCAGGCACAAAGUGUCCAAGGCCACUUUCUGUCUGCACCCAGAGCAGGGCCACCAGGGCGGAGACUGGUCCUGGGAGAGACGGCAACAUCGCCCAAUUCUAGCUCUCUGGGAGAGAGCAGUGCCUGCUCACCUGCUGCCAGCAGCCUUUGGGAUGAUACCUCUCAGGCACCUGGGGACCUAAGCCUGCUGCCUGAGGAGGCCCCCAGCAGUGCUGGCCCCUGGGCCGCAGGCCCUGCCAGGCUGGCACGGAGGGAGGACCUGACACAUGGCCUCAUGUGGGAGCUGGACAGCUCAGAUCCCCAGUGCCAGCUGGCCACAGAGGACCUCCGCGCACCCUCCCCAAGAGGCUCCUUGCUGGACUUGGCCACCACUCCUGAGAGACCCGAGCCUCCCACUCAGCUGGAGAGGGCAGCAGGGAAGCCCCCUGCAGUGCCCCCCAAAACCGAGAAGGCCCUGAGGCGAGCUAAGAAGCUAGCAAGCAAGCGGAGAAAGAGUGAUCAGGUGGCUGAAAGGCUCGGUGAAGCCCAGGAAGGUCUCAAGGGAACAGACCAUGGGCCCCGAGCCUUUGGGGAGGGACCCAGGCUCCCCACUGUGCGUGCACUUCCCCCUCCUUCACACCGCCAUUCAGUGUUGGGCAUUGUAGAACCCAUAGGAAAGCGGCUAUGGGGGGCCCAGCCCCUGGCACCUCUUCCCCCAUACCCUGCCACUCAGAAGGUCCUCCAGGACCCACAGUCCGGAGAGUACUUCGUCUUUGAUCUUCCCCUACAGGUGAAGAUCAAGACCUUUUAUGACCCUGAGACGGGCAAGUACAUCAAGGUCUCAGUCCCUGCCUCUGAGGGGACCUCCCCUGAGCCCCCAGGGCAGGAUGCCCUGGCCACACCCUAUAUGCUAUACCCCAGUCUCCCGCCAGUGCCUGUCACCACACUGAGGCCCCUGCGCUGCUCUUCCCAGCUCUCUACACCCACCUUUCUGGGGCAGGACCUCCACUCCAGGCCCCACAGUGCCCACAACACUGGGCCUCAGGGCAACACCAGCCCACCCAAGGCCACCCAGCACCCACAGAGACCAUUCAGAGGCCCAGAGGAUGAGGAACUGGAAGCCCCAGGCCUAGCUAUCAUCUCCACCGAUGACCUGGAGGACUUUGCCACUGAAGGCAUUUCUUGAGGGUUACAACGGACUGACCCCCACUCCCCAGAACCAAAGAGCUUACAUCCUGUCCCCUCAAACAGGCAGUCUCUCUCUCAUUUAUACACAGACACAGACACACACACACACACACAGACACAGACACAGACACAGACACACACACACACACACACACACACACACACACACACACACACAUCAUUUUCAGCCAUCUGAGAUCCCAAAUGUCCAAAGGGAAGUGGGGAUCCAUUUGCAUGGCCCAUCCCGUUGCCCCUCCUUGCUCAACCCACACAAUCCCUGCUUCCUUUAUCCUGCCCAGCCCUAGCCUUGCCCCAGGGCAGUGUAGCUCAGAUACUGGGCCCUCAGGGCUGCUGGCUCUGGCAACCCCCAGCCUUUCUCAAGGUGGGCUGGCCAGGGAGGCCGUGAGAAAUGUUGAACUCUGCUGUGGGUGGCAGUAUCCCACCUGGGGUGGGCUGGCACACAGCAUCCGAGCUGCAGAUCACCUCAGCAGUCUUGGAGAAAUGAUGAUAAGGAUGAGAACUGGCCUCCCAGGGCUGCUUUCUGAAAAAGAGAAGGCUACAAUCUGAAAAAUGAAGAAAGUUUGCCAAUGCAGUUCCCUCCCUGGACUCCUUCCCAUCUUUCUUCUGUGGGCAUGGGGGUUGUGGGUAGGGAAAUUAAGGGUCACAUGCCAGCAGUGAGGGCCAAACAGUGCCUGAGGAUCCCCUGGUUCCUCCAGGCCCUACUUAUGCCUUCCUGAGCUAGGGCCUCCAUUAGUGCCAAGGAAGUCAAAUGAGAAAGCCCCAAGCCUGCCAUCAGGGAUGCCCCUGGGGAAAUUGAGUAAGGCCCUGUGGCCCUGAUUUAGUGACUGGCUCCUGUUCCUACCCUCAAAAAGAAGUUGUUUCCUGAGUCUUCAUCCAUGUGGGUUUGGAGAAAAGUCUCUAAAUCAGCACAGGGAGGUACGAAGGGUAACUAGCCCCACUCCCUGAAUACUGAGAUGGUACCGGAGUGGCAGGCAAUCCCAGCCUCCUACAGCUUCCCCACUUCAGCUUCUGUGAAAACCUCUGUUCUUGUCCUGGAGAAAGAAAUGGCUGAAAGACAUCCCUCCUUGGUUAGAACACUGGCAGCAGCAGGAUUGUGCCAUCCAAUUCCCGGGGACCUUGCAAGAUACAUUGUGCCAUUUCCACACCAGGAAGAUGGAUAGGCCCUACAAUCUCAGUCUCACCUCCCUGGGUCACUACAGGGCUAGGUCAUCAGCUUGGCCUGGACAAAGGCCUUUGGGGUGGCACUCUGAGUGGCUCCUGUCUGGACAGCACCAUCAAGUGCACAGGAGGAAGAGGAACCUGCCGGGGUGAGAGGUAGUGGACACCAAUUUAAACUCUGGUGCUGUCCCCUGUGACACAGAAGGUAGGGUGCUAAGCACACCAGACUGCAGGUGCACAGAGGGUGGGGCUGAUGCAUUCCCUGCUGAGGCAGGGACAGAUUUAGGUGUCACUGGGACUGAACCAUAGCUUUCCAUGACCCAGCUAUGUGUGAGGCUUCCAGGAAGCAAUGGCCAAGAUCUAAGUCUACAUGGGGUGGUGGUGAACGUUGAUGGGGGUCAUCUGGGUGUAAGUGAAGACAACAUUGGCAAACCUGAAUUCUGUGCACAUAGAUAACAUUGUAGGCUAAGCAACAUGUGAUGCAGGAUACAGUCCUCUGUGUGGCUCUCCCAUUCGCACAGGUUUAAAAUCCAAGCUAAACAGAAAAAUCUCCAGACAUCAGUGAGCUUGUUACCAUGAGUCCUGCUCAGGCUUUCUCUGCAUCAGCUCUGGAGGCCAUUGGAGCAGAAGGCUUAUCCCUUCCACCUGCCUGGGCUCCUCCCCUACCCUCAGGUGAAGGAAUUCCAUUCUGUCUGGGCUAUAUAGCCCAUUCAGCUGGCACUUAGCAAUGGGACAGGUCCAGGCCCCACCUUCGCCUCACCUGUCAGACUCCCAGCUUCUGGGAAAGGGGGGCUGUAGACAUCAAUGCUCCCCAAGAUUCUGAUGCAUGCAGAAUCCUAAUGCCACCUCAGGGCAGAGUACCACACCUGGGCUCAGCAUGAGCUGCAGCCAGGCUACUGGCUGAGUGGUCUACUGGUAGCGACCCUCCAGGGGAGGGCUCAGAGGAGGACAUGGACAUUUUGGUUGCUGGGGAACUCAGAGGACCUGUCCUCUCCAUGGGAUGCUAUGACAAGGAUCUAGGACCACCAAGGGGGCCAUCCCAGAACCACCCAAAACAUGGCCAGGCUCAGCUGGCCCCUGUUGCUACCACUUCUCUUCCUUUCCCAGCUACUCUAAAGGGGGAUUUAUUAGAACAGAAGGCUUCCCUUCCACAGAUGAAGCAAGCCUAAGGAUUUGGCAGCACAAAUGAAUAUCUGGAGAUGAGAAUGCUCUGCCCAUCCUCACCCCAGGUGGGUAGCCAAACUUCACUUUGUGUUGCUAUGACAAAGUACCCAAUGCUGUGUACUUUAUAAAGAGUAGAGGGCACCCAUAUACUGGUGAGGCCCCCUGGCUGUCUCAGGGUGGUGGGGAAACAGAAAGGGAACUUGCUGGGUUCAGAGGACCAAGAGUGGGCACAGUAUAGGAGGAAACAACCACACUGAAACCAUGGUGCUGUGGUACUCAUUUGCUAGAAUGUAGUUUUCUUUGUGAUUCAUGUUACUGUCUCAGCACUUUCCUCAAUCCCAGUGUGUCCUGGGCACCGCCACACUGAUGCCACCUUUCCUGAUCCUUCUAUGUCAUUGGUCCUCUAAGACCCAAGCCCGGCUCCCAUCUCCCAUACCCAUACUUCCUGUGUGUUAUAGCCUUCUAUCCCCCUUCAGGUGGGCAUCUAUGGAAUGACAUUGUUGGCACCUGCUGCUGUCUUCCAUGUUUGUUGCUGUAUUUUCCUCUCAAUUGGAGAACUUUGGGCAGUUGUGCUCUUCUUCCCAUCCACAAACUCCAGAUCAUGUGGCUGGACUUCCUCAGUAUUCCUAUGCUUUUUUUACCAGACCAUUCUUCCUUGAUGGUUGUAUCAGUCAACUUUCCAUCACUUAUAAGCUCAGCCUCACAAAGCUACAGGGCAUGCACAAAAUGAAGACAAAUUAUUUAACAGAAUAUAACAUGCAUGGCCUCUAGUCCAAUUCCCAACAGAAUCCUCAUUCCCAUUUGAAACCUCCUGAGCCUGGCCCUUACUGUCCUCAUUCCUAUCAGCAUUCUGGUCCUCUGGGCUCUGACUAUUAUUUCCCAUCAAGCUCAGCUUACAGCACUCUAGAGUUUCCUCUAGCCAGCGUCUCCAAACCUUUCUAACUCCUCCCUCAAAUCAGGUCCAAAGGCUUCUGGACUAAAUGGUGAAGUAUAUCAUGGCAAUGAUCUUACUCUUAGUACUAAUUUUCUUUAGAAAUCAGCCUUUUGUUGCAGCACAAAAUUCCUGACACAAGGAGGAGAUGUUUAUUUUGGCUUAUGGUUUCAGGGAUUUCAGUCCAUGGUCAGCUGGCUCCAAGGCAGAAACAUCAUGGUAGAGGGGCCCAUCACAACCAGGAAGCAGACAGCAGUGAAAGAGGCCAAUAAAAAGAAGGCCAAGGACAAAAUCUAAUCCCCAAGAUCAUGCCCCAUGACCCACCCAGACACACCAAGAAGUGUGCUUUACUAAUCUCCUAAGCAUCUCUCAAGCCAGUCAAGUUGACAAUGAAGAUUAAUCACCACAAUGAUCAAAACUAAAAGUGUCAGUGAUCCCAAGAGUUAAUCCAAUGGUCACCUCCCAGCAGAAGCUCUAGCCAACACUGCCAUUAUGGCAAACCUGUGGCUGCUCUCUUGCACCUGUGGCCUAUACAUGUCUGCAGUAGGAGUGAUGUACUGCAUAGGGCCAGCCCAUCUCAAUGUAUCUCCAAUCUCUCCUGGCCCACCCACAUUACCACAUUGUUGGUGGAUUCAACCACUAAUGAGUUCAGGGCUGAAUGUGUUGUUUGGAGGUGGGUCCUGGUAGGGGGUAGAUCAUUGCUUCCUGGCUGCCAUAGGUUGAGCACUUUUUCAUUGUCUAUGCCCCUUUGCCAUCCUAUUUCUUCCUUGAAACCAGAA